AGCUUUUUAACACUGCAGACGGGUCGGGAUACUGCAAAAAGUCUUCACUGUCUGCAACUCCAUGGUUUCAUUGAUCAUCUCUACCUGUGGAGAGUAGACCCUAGUCUGGUUUCUGGAAAGGAGCGUGAGACGAAGCCUGCAGAGUUGUUUUUAUCAGUGUGUCAGAUGAGGAGAGAAGUGAGUGAUGAAAAGAGAUACAGAGCUGAGAUGACAGUUGUUUGACGCAAGGGACACGAGGAGGAGGUACACAUGUGAAAUGUAAAAGAAAACAAAGAAGGAAACAUACUUGGAAAACACAAGGCAAGAAUGAGUGAAACUCCAGUAGAGCUUGAGCCACAGCUAUCAGUCCAGUCAUUGUCACAGCCUGAACCUGAGAGGGGGCUUCAGUCUCUACCACUGUUUCAGCUGCCACUCCCCACCCAGGAUCCCCACCAGCUCCAGCAACAAAGCCAGCUCCAACCUGAGCUGCAGCAACAACAGCUAUUAGAGUCAAACCUCGAGCACCAAGCAAAGCCAGGGUGGAUAAAACAUCAAAGGCUGCUCCUUUUCCUUUUGGGAUUCUUUUUUUUCACUGCCAUUUUGGGACUGAUCUUCUACAUGCAGCACAAUCUGCACACUGAGAGCAGUCACAAUGCUGUGAUGCCGUGUGUCACUCCAGCCUGCCAGUGGGCCUCGUCAUAUCUGUCCACAUCUACUGAUCCUUUCACACAGCCCUGCGACUACUUCUUGUUCACAUGUGGAUCUGAUAGACUUUCAUCAGAGAGCGGAGGGAGGCAAAGAGGUCAGGGUAUCCCGGGGCAUCCACAAAACCAGAAGGAAAAGAGACUAAAGGAACAAAGAGAUCGCAGAAGACCGACACAGGAUAAAAUACUGAGCCGAAAAACUGUGCUGCUGCAGUACCUCAGGAAGAUUUUAGAGACCAACGACAGUUCAGGUAGUUCAGCAGUGCAGAAGACUAAAGAAUUCUACCAUUCCUGCUUGGACACAAAAUCUAUAGAAACCGCAGGAAUAGAGCCAUUUCUCACACUCAUCCAGAAGCUGGGAGGUUGGGCAGUGUCUGGGCAGUGGAAUAAGACAGAUUUCAACUCCACCCUUGGUUUGCUAAUGAGAGAUUAUGCCACUUUUCCAUUCUUCAACCUCUACGUGGGCAAAGAUCCAAAUGAAACUGCCCAUGGGAUGACCAAAAGAUAUAUACAGAUUGAUCAACCAGACCUGCUGAUUCCAAUUGAAUGGAACAGCAAGACACAGAAGUCUGAAGCUAAAACUGAGACUCUACGUCCCUUCUUGGCAUCAUGUCAGAGGUACCUGGCCCUCCUGGGAUCCCCACAGAGCAGAAGCAUGAUCCAUGUGGGUAUGUUCAUCUCUUUGUCCUCUGAGCUUGCAGUAGCAGCUUCACCUCUGCACUAUCGCCUGUUAAAAGGACAGCUUCAUCAGCGAAUGACCAUCAAAGAACUACAGAAACAAGCCCCUGCCAUUGAUUGGUUGGGCUGUCUGCAGAUCGCUUUCCAUCCACUAUCCCUCAGUGAAGACGAUUAUGUCCUCCUACAUAAUUUACCCUACAUCAUUCAGAUGUCCCACAUCAUUAACAAGUGGCUGAACACGCAUGAACUGAGUAGCACUAGUGGUUCCCUUCAUACGUAUAUGGUCCUUAAUCUGCUGCACACCAUGAUGCCUGCCAUGGAUGCUAGAUUUUCUGAAACAGCAAAGAAUUUUUCUCUGGCUUUGGGUAAUGCUGCUGAGGAAGUUCCUCGCUGGAAACGCUGUGUACUGGAUACCGAGAGGGGAUUUGACUCAGUCCUCACACACCUUCUCAGUCAAAGGACAGCACACAGAGAGGCAGAGAAGAUUAUUGAAAAUGUCUUUGCCGCCUUCAAAUCUCAAUUACAUGAGCUCAAGUGGACAGAUCGGAAGUCUUUUCGACUUGUCAUGAAAAAGGUUUACUCUUUAAUUCCAAAACUCUGGACUACAGAGGAAAUCUCUGGUGAAGAUGAGCUAGACCUACCUUUUUCUAAGGUGACAGUAAGCACCCAAAGCUUCUUCUCCAACUAUAUCCAGCUUCUAUCCCUUUGGCAAAAAAGACGCAGUAAACUACUGAAAGCUCAAAAAGAAGCUGCUGAUAUUCUGUCUGUCACACCACUUCUUCUGGGUAAUGAACUCCUCUUUCCCAUGGGAAUGUUCAUCCCUCCAAUUUUCCAUCCCACCUAUCCAAAAGCAAUGAAUUAUGGUGCAGCAGGUUUUCUUAUCGCCAAAGAUAUCUUUCAUCUGCUCAUCCCUGAGAUUUACUCUCACAGUGAGACCGUGCAUGCCGUGGGGGAAUGUGUGUGGACUCACUACAUCAAUGUGACUGAAAAGGCAGGUAGAGAUGGAGUGUCUUGGAUCUCAGCAAAGCAGCAGCAGGAGGUUUGGGUGCAGUACUCCGCACUGCAAGUGUCACUGCAGGCUUAUCAUCAAAGUCUAAGCCAAGAUCCAAGUGACACCUCCCUCUCAGGGUUGUCACACACCCGUCUACUUCUCACAUCUUUUUCUCAGGUAAACUGUGAUGCUGACCCAUACCAUCAUUCCAUGCCCUUGGAGCCCUCCUUCUUGAUCGCAGUCAUUUGUGCCAAAUCCAACCUGUGUCCCAUAAGCCUUCAGUGCUCCAUUAAACCUCAGGAAAAUUCAUCACAAACAUGCUGAAAAAUCUUAUCUAUUGACAAGCUGGACUUUGUUAAUAAAAACAUACUCAGGGAACAGGGAUGUUGGAAAACUGCUCUUAAAAAUGACUUUAUGUAAAUGUAACUACAGUAUGUAAAAUCCAAAAUACAUCAUUUUUCUAUUACCUGUAGUUUUAUGUUGUUGUUGUAGGAUGUUGGCAAACCGCAUUAAUUGCACAUGCUGUUAAGUAUUCAUUUAAAUAUAAAAUAAACAUUUUGAAAUGUU